GUUUAAUAUAAUAAUCGAUAAUAAGCUAUCAGCUGUUGUGCACGCUUUUGGCACAAUUUUGGUAAUAUUUAAUUUUGAUUUCAAUAUUUUAUUAAAAUGAGGGGAAAGCAGAGGAACAUAGGCUCUCUGCCAAAAAGGAAAUCGACGCCUUUGCACAAAGCUGACAAGUUUUCCAGAAACAAUAAGUUUAUUCAACGGAGCAGACAAAUGGAAAAAUCGUACACAACACAAACCCAAUUUCACAAAGAUACAACAAGCGAUAAUAUAAACAUGUGUGUGGAUCUUUUACCAUCAAUAAAAGAAGAUGCCAAUACAUGUUACGAGCAACUUGUGGACCAAUAUAGCGCUGCCAACACAGCACUAGAAGUUAAAGAAGAUAAUGCGAUAAUUUUGACUGCAAAUACAAAAGAUCCCGAUUCAGAUCAAGAUGAAUCGAAUACAAGCAAUUUAAAGCCAUGUAAUUCAUUUACAAAGAGGUUUGAUUUUGAACUAUCGUCAGAUGAUAUUACCGAUUUAAUAUCAAACGAACGAAAUAUUUAUAAAUUCAAAUGGUCAGAAAUUGGAGAUUUUAGAGUUGAAAUACCUAAACUAAAAUCAUUGAAUACCACAAAUGCAAAUUAUAAUCGACCUCCAAUAGCCACAAAGCCAGCGGAUCUUCAAGUUUUGGAGGUAAAAUCACAAUUGUGUCAGAAUGUUAGAUAUCCAUUGUCGGCGCUAGAAAUGCAAGUUUUUCAUUGUGCAAAUAAUUACCUGGACAUCUAUUAUCCGCGACGUACUCAUGAUAAUGCCGAGGAAAUUCGCUAUGCGUAUUGUCUUCAUGUGGUCAAUCACAUGCUGAAAAGUAGGUUAUUGAUUUUACGUAAUAAUGAGAAAAUAGCCGGACUCGCUAAGGAUCCAAACCUGUUGUCAAGUGAGGUAUCAAUACCAGAUGCUCUUAGAGAUCAGGGUCUUACGCGCAUGAAGGUUCUUAUUAUACUACCAUUUCGCGAAUCAGCGUUGAAAACUGUUCAAAAUAUAGGAAAUUUAAUGUUUGCAAAUCACAAAGAUAAAAAAAAUGGUUUACCUAUAGCAAGAUAUGAGCGCUUCAUCAAUGAUUUUUCUGGGGAUACGAUAUAUUUUCCUAAAACAAAUCCUAAGCCUCGUGAUUAUGAGCAAACCUUUGCCGGCAAUACUGAUGACAACUUUAAAAUUGGCAUUCGAUUCACGAAAAAAACAAUGUCAUUAUAUUCGGACAUCAGUUCGUCCGAUAUUUUGAUUGCAUCGCCUUUGGCAUUACGCAUGAUUAUCAACGACAAAGAGCAAGACUUCGACUUUCUCAAUUCUAUUGAACUACUUGUAAUUGAUCAAGCCGAACUUUUUAUGGCACAGAACUGGGAGAAUCUGCUGUAUGUACUUGAUCAUCUGCAUUUGCAGCCUCAAAAAUUGCCAGACACCAACUGCCAGCGCGUUCGAUCUUAUUGUCUUAAUGGGACUUCUCGUUUCUAUCGUCAAACGCUGUUUUUUGCAUCUCACGAACUGCCUGAAUUUCGCGGUUUAAUGAACAAUAAAUGUCACAAUUAUCAGGGAAGAGUGCGCAUUACAAAUCAGAUUCAAGUUGGCGAUAUUUCCAAUGUUGUAACACCAAUUGAGCAAGUUUUUCAACGCAUUGAUUGUUCAAGUGUAGAAUCGGCUUUUGAUGAUCGCUUUCAAUACUUUGUUCGUCAUAUUUUACCACAGUUUACACGAUCUGGACAAUCGCAUUGUCUAAUCUAUGUCCCCAGCUAUUUUGAUUAUGUGCGAUUGCGAAAUCACUUUAAAAAUGAGAUGGUUAAUUAUGUGCAAAUAAGUGAAUAUACAAAAAAGGAAAAGAUCUCUCGAGCUAGAGAUAUAUUCUUUCAUAGUGGAGCACAGUUUAUGCUUUAUUCCGAACGUGCGCACUUCUUUCGGCGCACUCGUGUUAAGGGCGUAAGAAACUUGAUUUUCUAUCAACCUCCCAACUUUCCAAGCUUUUACUCAGAAUUAAUUAACUUGAUGCUAGAAACUAAUCAGAAUCCUCGAGAUGGGCUACAGAAUGUGAUGAAUGUCAAAAUAUUGUUUACUAAAUAUGACGUUCUCAGUUUAAGUAAUAUCGUUGGAAACGAGAAUGCUAUGAAAGUGAUCUCGGGCUUAAGUGAUUCCUACUCAUUCUCCAAUAAUGAAUAGUAUUUGUAAAUUACA